AUGGCCGAUCCACUCUUCAACACAGAGCGCCACGUCAAAUACUACCUCCGAUGCCUAAAGACCUUCCUACCGUCCGCCUACACCUCCAAUGACUCCAAUCGCAUGCUCCUUGGCUACCUAACCCUCUCAGGACUGGACGUCCUCGGUGUCCUGCAAAGCAAAACCACACCGGAAGAGCGACAAGGAUACAUCGACUGGCUCUACCACUGCCAAGUGCCAACGGGCGGUUUCCGCGGGUUCCCAGGCACUGAUUUCGGACCGGACAAGCGAAACAAAGACAAUGAAGCAUGGGACCCUGCAAACGUCCCCGCGACGUUCUUUGCGCUGGUCAACUUGCUCAUUCUGGGGGAUGACCUGUCGCGUGUCAAGCGCCGGGAGUGUCUCGAGUGGCUUCCCAAGGUGCAGCGCGCGGACGGAAGCUUUGGGGAGCUUGUUGGUCCUGAUAGGGGUGUAGGGGGAGCUCGCGAUUUGAGAUAUUGCUGCUGCGCGACUGGAGUGCGGUAUAUCUUGCGUGGACGAAUUGGAGCUGGGCUUGAGGAUGUGCCGGAUAUUGAUGUGCCGGGGUUGGUCUCUUUUAUUGAGGCGUGUCAGACGUACGACGGUGGCAUGGCCGAGUCUCCUUUCUGCGAAUCGCAUAGUGGACAUACAUAUUGCGCAAUUGGGUCGUUGGACUUCUUAAGCCGCACAUCUCCUGAUCUUAAAUCAGUACCGCUACUAUCAGCCGGGUCUGACAAGUUUGAGUCUUUGAUUGCAUGGCUGGCCUCAAGGCAGACGGUCCAACUGGAAGAUGAGAAUGAAGAUGACUCCGAGAAUGAAGUAUCCAAGGCCACCGAGGGAGGAUCUCUCGACGAUAGAGUCCAAGGGCUGCCCAAUGUCGAACCACUGGAGGCCGACACAAUAUCAUGCGCCGGAUUCAACGGCCGAUGCAAUAAAUUUGCCGACACCUGUUAUUCAUUUUGGAAUGGAGCGACACUGAUGAUGCUGGAUCAUUAUUCUGUGAUUGACGAAGUUCGCAACCGUCGAUACUUGCUCGAAAAGACCCAGCAUCUCGUUGGUGGAUUUGGAAAGGGGCCCGGGGAUCCUCCAGAUCUGCUUCACUCAUACUUUGGCAUGGUUUCCCUGGCUUUCCAGGGCGAAGCAGGCCUCAACCCCGUCGAUCCCACAAUGGGCGCCAGUGAGGAUGCACAGCUCCGCAGCUCUCCCGCUCUUUGCGGCUUUGCGGAGGAGCGUUGCGCGGAGUCCAUGAACGUGUGGCUAACUGUCGGAUCUCAACUACAGCUUGCAAGCUCCUACAAUGAACUCCUCGAGGAGUUCUCGUCCAAGGAUCUCCGGAGUGUAGGCAACUAUACACUGGGGAGACUCAUUGGAAAGGGGUCCUUUGGCAAGGUCUAUCUCGCGUCACACAAGCUCACCAAUGGCUCCAAGGUGGUGCUCAAGUCCUCCAGCAAGGAGGACACCAACCUCGUGCGCGAGAUCCAUCAUCAUCGCCAAUUCCUCCAUCCCCAUAUUGCGCGGCUAUACGAAGUGGUGGUGACCGAGAGCCUGGUCUGGCUCGUGCUUGAAUAUUGUCCUGGUGACGAACUCUAUAAUUACCUCCUUCGCCACGGCCCGUUACCGGUAGAGAAAGUGAAGCGGAUCUUCACGCAGUUGGUGGGAGCCGUUGCGUAUGUCCACAGCAAGUCCUGUGUUCAUCGUGAUCUCAAGUUGGAGAACAUCCUUUUGGACAAGCAAGAAAAUGUGAAGCUCUGUGAUUUUGGAUUUACGCGCGAAUACGAAGGAAAGGCCAGCUAUUUGCAGACCUUUUGUGGAACGAUAUGCUACAGCGCACCCGAGAUGCUCAAGGGAGAGAAAUAUGCUGGCGAGAAGGUGGAUGUUUGGAGCUUGGGAAUCAUCCUCUAUGCGCUGCUUGCUGGCGAGCUACCAUACGAUGAUGAUGACGACCAAGUCACAAAAGGGCGGAUUUUGGCAGAGGAGCCCACUUACAAUGACAAGUUUCCAGAUGAUGCCAAGGCAUUGAUCAACCUGCUCCUAUCAAAACGGCCAUUGAUUCGGCCAAGUCUAGACGAGAUACUUGCGCAUCCUUUUCUCUCGGAACAUGCCCCUGAACAGCUUGCCAUUUUGAAAAUUCCAAGGCCUUCACCAUUCACCACGCCGCUGGAGAAGACCACCUUGCAGCGGAUGAAGAGUGCCGGUGUCAACAUCGACGAAGUUAUUGAGAAUGUUCUGGCUCAGCGGUGUGACCCACUUGCUGGAUGGUGGGCGCUACUGAUUGAAAAAGAGCAGCGCAAGGAACGAAAGAGGGAACGCAAGCGUCGCGAGCGGGAGGUUGAGGCUAAGAAUCUGCGUCGUCUUAGCGCUGCUAGCAGUCGUCUGGAGAAGCGGUCAUCGGCUUUGAUGGACGUCGAAGAGGAAGGUCAGGCAAAUUUGGGAUUGCGUGAACGUGGAAGACGGGACAGACGAAGCUUACCAUCGCAACUGGCAGUUCCGGAACUUCCUGCGCUUCCUGAACCGCUGCCGGUGUUUCCACCCGAGGCGACUACACCACCGUUGCCCAUUGAUAAAGAUUCCAUACGAUCCCACGGCUCGUCACGACGCCGCCCAGUUCCCCCGCCCAAAGACCGACGUCGAUCGCGGCCCAGCAUGCUGCAUGUUAGUGCAUCGCAACCGGAGUUGACACAGCACCAUGGUAUCUUCCGACGUCGUACCAGCCGCCGCCAUCAGUAUCCAAUUCUCAGCCAGCUGGCCUCUCUUAAGCACUGGUUUGUGGAAUCAGCAAAAAGAGCACGGUCUCCGCAUGCUAAAUCAAGCAACUCUCGCAAACUGUUUUCUGAAAAGUCGAGUCCGGCGAAAAGUCAGGACACUGGGAAAAAACCGGUGACUUUGUCGUCUCCGGCAACUGAAAUCCCGGGGGAAGAAGUGGUGACACCAACCCAGAUCAAACGAAUCUCCGGUGCCAGCAGUCUCGCUCCCAGCAGUGCUUCAUAUCGCCAGAACCGACACUCCUACCCUCGCCAGCCGCGUCCAUUGAAUACGGGUCACUCCAGUCAUCGCAACUCUCUUUCGCCUUCCCCCAUCACACCACGCGGCUCCUAUAGACGUUCAUCCGCUGGGCUACGAGGACGCAAAUCCACGUCGUCCUCGGUGUCCUCAAUUCGCAGCAUUCACCAUACUCGCGCUCACUCCAAGGCAUCAUCAAUUUCCUCUAAUAGCGUGGAUACAGUAUCAACACCCACUGCCAGAGCCUCUAAAUCACCCCACUCAUCUAUCAAAGUUCUGCCUACCACACCGGGUGCCUCUGCUCGUUUCCCGAGCAAUAUUCGGUUGGUAAGAGGACCCGGUGGAGCACCUCGAGAACUGGCCGAUCACGGUCAAAUGCCCUCAGCGUUUAAUGAGGUCGCACCGUCACCACUAUUGUACUCGCCCUCGUCCAGCCUGGUGUUUGCGCGACGCAAGAGAUCUGCGUUCAAGGGCCCUAUGAUCCACACAAGUAACUUGAUGGGCGGUGGAAUGGCCAAUUCACCCGUUCCCGGCCAGUCAGUAAACCCCAGCGAGCCUAGCAUUACGGCAGGUCGGCCUGUUGCACGCAAGAGCCAAAUCAUCGAAGAAGAGGAAGACGUGGAUAGAAUCGAAGAAGACGUCGAAGAAGUCGAUGGCGAUGGGUUUGUCACUGAUCCUGGCACGCCAGGCGAUGCCGUCAGUCCCUGUGACCAUCUCGAACACGCCACCCCGAGAGUCUCCAUCGACCGGGAGGCUGGAUCUCCCUCGGGUGAAAAAUCGCCGCUUGCCCCUACGUCGGGUCUUGAAAACAGUCCGCGUCGGCCUCCUCGCUCGUCUUCUUUGCAUUCGCCAACCGACGUCGCAGAGGACAAGCUAGGGACAGCCGAGUGA